UCAUUACUCCAUUAUAAUAAGUGGAGACUCGGGAAAUUGAUCGUAAAGCAGAAAAUUGUAGGGAGUUCGAUAAAGAGGUUUAGGAAAUUGUAUUGAAUCAGAAAUGAUGAGCAUUACCGGAGAGGAGAACUGUAGAUGUAAAAUAUGUGAUAAGCUUUUCUCUAAUGACAGUCAACUUAAAACACACAUGGCGAUUCACACAAGUGAGAAACAUUUUAGAUGUGAUACAUGUGAUAAAUCAUUUCAUUUCCUUAGUCGCCUGAAAGACCAUAUCAGCAUUCACACUGGUGAGAAGAAUUUUGAACGUGAUAAUUGUGGCAAAGCAUAUUCAAGUAUCUCUUGUCUUCAGAAUCACAAGACAGUUCACACUGGUGAAAAGAGCUUUGCUUGUGAUACAUGUGAUCAAUCGUUUUCGUACCUUAGUACCCUGAAAAAACAUAUCCGCAUUCACACUGGUGAGAAGAAUUAUGAAUGUGAUAAUUGUGGCAAAACAUUCUCAAGAAGCUCUCAUCUUCAAAGGCACAUGGUAAUUCACACUGGUGCAAAGAACUUUGCAUGCCAAAUAUGUGAAAAAUCAUUUAAUUGUAAAGGUAAUCUUAAAAGGCACCUGUCAGUUCACACUGGUGAAAAGAGCUUUGCUUGUGAAAUAUGUGAUAAAUCAUUUUCAUACCUUAGUCGCCUGAAAGAACAUAUCCGCAUUCACACUGGUGAGAAAAAUUAUAAAUGUAAUAAUUGUGACAAAACAUUUCUAAGUUCGUCUCAUCUUCAAAGGCACAUGGCAAUUCACACUGGUGAAAAGAUCUUUGCAUGCGAAAUAUGUUAUAAAUCAUUUAAUUUCAAAGGUAACCUUCAAAGGCAUAUGGCAAUUCACAGUGGAGAGAAAAAUCAUAAAUGUGAAGUUUGUGAGAAAGCAUUUUCUCAAAGAAGCAACCUUACAGCACAUAUCAUAAUCCACACUGUGUUUACCCAACGAGGUCAACUCAAGGCACAUGUUCCAGUUUAUGACGGUCAGAAGAUUCAUAGAUGUGAAAUUUGUUUAAGAACAUUUCUCUAUGCAAGCAAGCUGAAAAAACAUAUGAGCACAGCAAAUCACACUGGUGAGAAAAAGUUUACAUGUGGAAUUUGUGAAAAAUCAUUUCUUCUGAAACACCACCUUAGUACCCAUUUACGAAUACACACAGACGAGAAGAAUUUCACAUGUGGAGUUUGUGAUAAGUCAUUCCGAUUUAAAAGUAAUCUUAAAAGUCAUUUGAAAAUUCACACUGGCAGAAAGAACAAUGUAUGUGGGGUUUGUCAAAAAGCCUUUUAUGGAAUUUGUGAUCUCAGAAAACAUAUGGAGAUUCACAUUGGAACUAAGCAAUAUAAAUGUGAUCUAUGUGGUAAAUCAUUUGCUCAGAAUUCUGGACUUAGCAUGCACAUGACCAUUCACAUGGGUAUCAAGAGAUGUUCAGGAAAUUGUAUUGAAACAGAAAUGAUGAGCAUUACCAGAGAGAUGAACUAUAAAUGUGAAAUUUGUGAUAAGCUUUUCUCUAAUGACAGUCAACUUAAAACACACAUGACGAUUCACACCAGUGAGAAACAUUUUAGAUGUGAUACAUGUGACAAAUCAUUUUCUUACCUUAGUGAACUGAAAGAACAUAUCCCCAUGCACACUGGUGAGAAGAAUUAUGAAGGCAUACCAUUUUCAAGUAGCUCUCAUCUUCAAAGGCACAUUGCAAUUCACACUGGUGAGAAGAAUUAUAAAUGUGAUUAUUGUAGCAAAACAUUCCCAAGCAGUUUUAAUCUUCAAAGGCACAUGACAGUUCACACUGGUGAAAAGAAUUAUAAAUGUAAUAAUUGUGGCAAAGCAUACUCAAGAAGCCAUCAUCUUCAAAGACACGUUGCAGUUCACACUGGUGAAAAAAACUUUACAUGCCAAAUAUGUGAUAAAUCAUUUUCUUACCUUAGUAACCUGAAAAGACAUAUCCACAUUCACACUGGUGAGAAGAAUUAUGAAUGUGAUUAUUGUGAUAAAACAUAUUCAAGUAUCUCUAAUCUUAAAAAUCACAUGACAGUUCACACCGGUGAAAAGAACUUUGCUUGUGAUACAUGUGAUAAAUCAUUUUCUAACUUUAGUACCCUGAAAAGACAUGUCCGCAUUCACACUGGUGAGAGUGAGAAGAGUUAUAAAUGUAACAAUUGUGAUAAAGCAUAUUCAAACAUCUCUAAUCUUCAAAGCCACAUGACAAUUCACACUGGUGUAAAGAACUUUGCAUGCGAAAUAUGUGAUAAAUCAUUUAAUUGUAAUGGUAAUCUUAAAAGGCACUUGUCAAUUCACACCGGUGAAAAGAACUUUGCUUGUGAAAUAUGUGAUGUUUCAUUCAAUUUUAAAGAUAAACUUAAAAGGCAUAUGGAAAUUCACAGUGGCGAAAAAAAACAUAUAUGUGAAAUUUGUAAUAAAACAUUUACUGAAAGAAGCAACCUUACAUCUCAUUUAAUAAUCCACAAAGGUGAGAAGAAAUACAAAUGUGAAAUCUGUCUAAAAGCAUUCAUCAGACGAAAUCAGUUCAAGGCGCAUGUUUUAAUUCAUGCUGGUCAGAAGUUUCAUAGAUGUGAUAUUUGUUUUAGAACAUUUCGCUAUGCAAGCGGGCUGAAAAGACAUAUAAGCACUGCAAAUCACACUGGUGAAAAAAGGUUUACAUGUGGAAUUUGUAAAAAAUCAUUUCUUCAAAAAACCCUCCUUAAAAGUCAUUUGCGGAUACAUACAGGCGAGAAGUUCACAUGUGGAGUAUGUGAUAAAUCAUUCAGAUUUAAAAGUAGUCUUAAAAGCCAUUUAAAAAUUCACACUGGUGAGAAAAACAAAGUAUGUGGGGUUUGUCAAAAAACCUUUCAUGCAAGUAGUUAUUUCAGAGAACAUAUGGAGAUUCACACUGGAACCGCGAACUAUAAAUGUGAUCUAUGUGGUAAAUUAUUUACUAGCAAACCUGGUCUUAACCACCACAUGAACAUUCACAUGGGUAUAAAGAGACAUCAAUGUGAAAUAUGUGAUAAAAUGUUUUUGCGAAGCUGUAAUCUUAAAAGACAUAUGACCAUUCACACUGGCGGUGGUGAAAGGUAUAAGUGUAAAAUGUGUGACAAAUCAUAUUCUCAAGGUGGUUCCCUUAAAAGGCAUAUGUUAAGUCACACUGGUCAUUAAUUUGUAAUUCUAAGAUGUAUGAAUAUAGUAGAUAAACUGAGUGAUGUAACCUGUUAAAAUCCCGGUGAUAAAUAAAUAAUCACCGGCACUGAUUGGAGACACAUUCAAUGACAAGAUACAUUGGUUACAAGAAUUACUUAUACAAUUACAUUUAUUUCUCUUGUUUUUUAUUAUCAUCAAAGAUCCUUUGUAUAUAUGUAUUGUUUUAUGUUGUGUCUCUGUUGUUGUUAAGAAACUAUUGUUAGUGGAAACAAACUUUGUUGCAGAUGUUGUAAAGAUGUUUGUAAAAUUCUUAAUACUGUUUCUGUUCUAUUUUAUUUUGUGAUUUUUUACUGUCAUAGACUUUACAUUUAGAAUGGCAGUUACAGACAAUUCAUGAUCGUGGGAGUUAUUAUUAGAUUAUAUAAGGGAAAACACUAUUUUAUAUGCAGUGAACUGCACAUGUACUGAUAAUAUAUAUCAAAAAUAUUUCACCAUUACAGUCAGGCCAGCUUGCUCAUCCAUAUAUAGUCUUAACAUGUCAAUAUUUUUAAAGGAACUCAACUGAGGUCAAAAGCCUCAAACAAAAAAAAGAAAUUAUUUUAUAGAUCAACUGGGAAUAUCAAAGCAGAGAAUAUGCAAAGAGAUGAUAGAAAAAUAUCAAACAAAUUUAACUGAAAAUGGAUAGUUUGUACCAUUCUUAGCUCUUUAUGAGUUAUAAGUGUUUAAAGGCUUUUCUUUUUUGUGUCAUUUCCCUUAAUAAAAAAUUAAAAAUGUUUAUUUUAGAAAAAUGGAGAAAGUGAAUGAUCUGAAUUUUUGCAUGUUAUUUUUUUAUCCAUAACUUCAUCUCAUUGUACACAAAUUAGAUAAAUAACAAUUCAGUCCUGCCAUGUGAAGGAACCUCAGUGGAGUAGUCCCUUUAAUGAUCAAAGAUGUAUAAUCAUGUCACCAUAGAGUAAGAAUACUUUUCCUAAUUUAGUGAUAAAAUGGUUUUUGACAUGCUUUUGAGAAGGGAUGGAUAUUUUAAUGUUUAAAAACGGGUCCUUAAAACAUUUUAUUUCUCUAAUUUGUAUAUGUAACUUCUAAUAUACAUGUAUAAUGUAUUGGUAUAUAUUUGGAUGCUAUAUCUGUAUAAUAAGAAAUAAUUAUGUAAAUGAACUAGGAAGGAAGUUUUUCACUAUAAUAGUGAGUGAUUUUUAUAAAUGUAUGAAUGUUGUAUAAACGGUUAUAAAUUUCAGUAAAUUAUGAUUACAUUAGUUAGAGCAAUAUGAACAAGAGAUAUACUCUGUUUAUAAACAAACUACAUGUACGUUUUGACGUCAGACGUUUGUGUAAUUGUUGGUAAUUGCGAGUUAUUGUGUGAUUUCAAGUUGACAAAACUCAUUUAGAGCCAAAACAAACAAAAAAUAAGAUAUUGUAAGGUCAUUAUGUCAAAGUUUUUUGGAACAGUGUAUUAUCUAUUUUGAGGGAAUCAAGUAAAAGAGCAAACACUAUAGAGCCUGAUCAGACUGUGUGAUAGAGCAUCCUGGCCUUGCUUGUUAGGCUAAUCAUUUUUCAUUUCCAGCAGUUCUAGAAUUAACGUAAGUAUCAGAACAAUUCAGAUAAUGUUUUUUCUUGAUUUUGUGCACAACACUGUUUCAAGUAAAGAUGCUUUUCAGAAUUAUAUGGCAUUUAUUAUAAGUUAUAAUAAGCAGUUUGUUUUUGUAUACAUGUAUGUAUUCAUUCAUGUAUAUUUCUAUGAAAACUAUGUUAGAUUGCAAACUCAUAAUUUCUACUUUUUGUAGUUAAUUUUAGGAUAUUUUAAUUUUCAGGCAUUCGGAUUGGUUAGAAAUUGAUUUAAAAUAUUUUCAAAUUUUCAUGCUUUCUGAUUGGUUGAACCUAUGUUGUUGUUUUUUUUGUUUGUUUUUUUGACCGAUCACUAUGUUUAUUUUCAUAUUUUUUAGUCAUAAUUUAUGUGGAGAAUAUAUAAAGUGCCACUGGGUAUAAAUAUUAGUAUGAUAUGUUUUACUGAAAUUCAAGGAAAUUAAACCUGUAUACAGCAUUUUGUUGUAAUAAAUCUAAAUGUUCGGUAUUUAUUACUAAGAAGUGUAAAUGUGUACUAUAUUUAGAUUAUAUGACUUUGUUAUGCGUAUAUAUAUAUUGGAUUAUUGUGAGUUAUUAUUGUCUAAUGUAUAUUAUUGAAAGCUUAUUACUAUUAAAAUCUCCUGGAUACAAUUA